GUUCGCUAUUUGUCACAAGACAUGCUCUCACUCGGCGGUGGCACCGCGGCUUCGGUUGCGGCGUCUAGUUCCUUUAGUUGGGUGAAUUUGACGCAGUUCGGAUCCGCGUUCCAGAGCAGCACGAACCGUAGCGCGACUGCGUCCAGGGCAACAGACGGCAACGCCCAUAACGGGGAUGACAUAGACUUCCUCGUGCAGCAGUACUACCAGACGAACGGCGUGACCAACAUCAGCGACGCAGACUACGCGAGUUUGAGCCUCACUGUGCUACAAUCGUGCUCCGAAACAGAGACACAAACAGAUCCAGUCUGGAAAGUUUCGCUUGCUAUGCCUUUUAACGUCUCAAGCGUAAGGAUAACGAAUCGUAACGAUUCGUCACGGAGUGACUUAAACGACUUUGAGCUCUAUGUAGACGGUGUACAAUGUGCGGGAACGGGCAGUGGCACUUACGAUGCAGACGCGAGUUUGUCCUCCAGCGAAAUAUCAAGGACUUGCAACCUAGUAGGCACAGAGCUGAAGGUGCAAGUCACAGGAGCAGGAAAACGGAUGUCCUUGUGCGAGGUAUUAGGUUGAAAAUGCGUAUAAUACACAAAAUGUUCGGAUUGCUGACAUUCAUGAGGUUGUCAUUACGCGCUGUUCCUCCUGAGUAACGAGCAAUCCAAAUUUAUACUACGACCACAACAACUCUUCUCACAGGUGGAAGUCUACGGUGCUCCUUUCGUGCUGCAUCCAUCGGAGUAUGUGGCGAGUGACCAAGUGGUUUCUAGCGCUGUAGGCUUCGUGGAUUACGAUCCAGAUGCAGCUACCAUUGGUGGGCCGUUCAACCUCACUGCAUCUGCAAGGACUUGUCCCCGCAAUGAGACUGGAAAUGUACAUGUAAUUUCCGGUGCUCUCGGAGCAUCGCUCUGCUGCGACGCAACAAUGGGAUUGCUGUAUUGUGACAAAGUGGAGGCAAUCCCGAGUCAAGUGCAAAGUGCAACACAAUACGGACUCUAUGAAGUAAGCGGCGACUGUCUCGAUAUCAAUGCCGGUUCCUACACCUGCACCACCAAGAACGCUAUUCUGCAGGAUUUAGCUCAUGACACAGUGUUUGAAGGAACAAGCGGAGGUCCUUCUGGUGAGAAUAUAAUCCCGUCGAAUGUGCACAACUUUGCCACUUCGGAUCAGAAUUUUCUUGCCGUGUACGCAAAGUCGGAUGCUGAUCUAGCUGGAACAACAUUAGGCCAGUUUGCCGAGACGCAAAAGCCGAUUGGCUAUGUCCGUGUACGAAACGAGGAUAAUGUGGUGCAUAGUGCAACUUUUUCCGGUGAUUACGAUCCUGACGUAGGUCAAGUCGCAGGCAACUUCUCCUUCUCCGCACCUGGCCGUGCAGAUGGCGUGCGUGUCGGAUAUUUCGUCUAUCUAGUCGACGAUAAUCACGACACAGCUACAUCUGGAAAAACUAGCUAUGUCGUAGACGCGGACGUGGAUUUCAAACUCACUGAGCAGUGGCCUGGCGUGUUUUUUGACACUAGUACGGGGCGUUACAAACAAGAUUCUUCGAGUAGUGCGACCAAUUUAGCAGCUGAUGGUGGUAGUGCUGGAACGUCAAGUCUCAUUUCGGGUGGAAGUGCGGCGGCUUAUGCGGACGAGUAUCCUCAAAAUCUGACGGACGCAGCGGCUUACAGUAGUGCUACUAGCUUCUCUCGCAAUCCUUGGUUUGUAGGCGCUUACUUCGCUGACGGAUCGUCCUCUGGUGGUGCUGCUGAUGUGAAUAUUUCUUUCUCCUUCAGGUUCAGUGACAACACUGCAUUGCCUUCGACGACAUUCGCGUCUAGUGCUGGUCGGGCGGCCCGCAAGCUUCGUGUCAUCGCCGUCACCGACUAUGCGAGGCAAGCUAGUUUAACAAGUAGUCCUGCUCUCGCGACUGUGGAAGACGCCUUCGUAUCGCUCGCCGUGAAUUUCACGGAUUACGACGUAGACGCCGACGAAAUCGCCGGUCCUCUUGGUCUCGCUGCUGCACCCGCUAGCUGCCCACGCUCAAGCUCGAACUUUGUCGGAGGAGUGUCAAAUGUACCGAGGAACACUUCCGGAGGUGCUCCUUUGCAGAAGUGUUGUGGCGAUGCAAGCAGUGGCCUAGGAGCUUGUGCGGCACGAGUGACGCCGGCUGAGUCGAUGUUCCCUUCAGAUGCUGAAGUGAUGCACAGCCUCUACAUUGUCUCCGAGGACUGCAUUCGCGAUUACGGAAACCCAAGUUACAUAUGCACGAUCAAAAUUCCUUUACUUGCCGCACAGGAUAUCGAGUUGCUAAGCGGCACAGACCGAGCCGCAGCGGCAUCAAUGGCUGGGAUCGAAGCGAAAAUGAUCGAAAUUGCAAAGAACACUGCGUUUCCAGCAGGCGAAGUUUAUGUGGCAGCGUAUUCGAGUGUAUUCUCCGGAACUAGCGAUCAGCCUUAUGCAGAAACAGUCUAUCCUUCAGGCUGGACCUCGUUGCUGAAUUUCAACGGUGGAGCUUUUGAUGUGGGAGCAUUUGUGGACUUCGAUGCUGAUGUAGACCAAAUAGGUGGGAAUAUCACUUUUUCAGCACUCUCGCACACUGACUCAGGGGCAGAAGUCGAAUACCUGCUUUACCUGGUGGAUGGCAUCGCCGAGAAUCAAGAUUUGGACCAGUAUCCUCGCUCUCUGACAGAAGUGACAGCUGCGAACGGCUACAACGGUAGUUUUGCUGCGCAAAACCCUUGGUAUAUUGGGAAAGCAACAGCCUCGGCAAAUGCAGGAGGAAGCACUACAGCAGACUUGGUCAGUGCGGAUGGGUGUGUUUUGAAAACAACCAGUUCCAGUGCAGGACAGGCGCAUUCUAGUGCCACUGCAACAUCGUCCGCUGGUAGUAGCAACACAGGAGCAAUCGAAGCCAGUGCGCGCUGUCUCAAUUCCCGUCUCGGAGACCCUAAUACAAAACACGCAGUGACGAAUUUCGUUUUCACGGUUCCGGAUAACACGUUUGCAGGCAGCAUCACCAAAAACGUGGACGCAGAUUUGGCAGUCCUAGAGACUCUUCAUCCUAGUUUAAACACCUCUGACGACAGCUACAUCUCAAUCCGGAAUACAGGAGCUAGUGUGCGUUUUUUGCGCAUUCUAGCAUCUAUCGGAACUGCGCCUGGUGGUGGUGGAUCUAGUUUCGCUGGCGAUACGCAGAAAAGUUCGGGCACAUCAGCAGACUUCGUACCGAUUGUGGAUCGGUUUGCGUCGUUAGAUCUGCACUUUUUGGACUUGGAUCUGUUUUCGCAGUCUGUUGGAGGCUUCCUCGAGUGGAAGGAGUCAAGUGGGACGUGUCCGCGGAAGGACAACCAACUGCUGUUUCCGAGUAUCAGUUCAGGCGCGUUGCCGAACGCGCCGAGCGGUGGGGCUGCGUACUUGGAUGCAAGCGGGAACGCGAUCGGCAAUGGAAUCAACACAAAUCUGGCUGCCGGAACCGGGGUCAGCGCAGAAGGAAGCGCGCCGCUGGAAGUGUGCUGCGGAAGUGGCACGAGUGCUCCCACUUCUUUGUGCCGAAAGCAUUCGAAUUUGUUGAACGACACUGAGCCUUCUGGACUGACCACAGACCCAAAACAAGGGAAUUACUACACCAGCGACUUCUACUAUAAGAUUUACAGUGUUAGCGAGGAUUGUGUCUCGAAUGGCUUUUAUCCGCGUUCGUUGCAGUCGCAAAAUGGUAUAUCUAAAUUCGAUUACUACGCCACUAUGGCUGGCCGCCCUUUACAAGGCUACAGGCAUACAAACACCGGAGCUGCCUUGCCUGGCACUUACUACUACAGUGCUGCCACGAAUCUGUACACGUUUGGAGCAAAAGACGUAUCUGCUGUUGGAGCAGUGAACGCAGCAUAUACCAAGGUGGAUGUAAGUACCGGUGUAAGUGAAGGAGUGGCGGUGUUUGUAGACCGCACAAGUGGGGAAUACAGUUUCGCUAGUGACCUUGGGAGUUUCGACAUGAGUGGUUCUUCCAGUGUUUCAGGCUCAAAGCUGAACCCAGGCACAGUCUUUGUCCGUGCUUUCGCGGAUGACAAAUCCAUCUCCAAAAAUUCACUGCGUGCCACGUUAGCAGCGGGUAAGUACGGCCAAACAGCGGGUGUGAGGGUUUACUUGCAGUUCCCGUUAUUCUAUUCCCUAGGUACUGUAUCUUUCACCUCGAGUCCUGGCGCAGGCCGCCAGGCCAGCGGCGCAUCUGAACGCUACAAGCUGCAGAGAAAUUGUCCGUGGCUAGCAUCUGAGGGAUGGACUCUUGAUGCGAACAUUGUGGGCCCAUCCAUUUCGCAGAACAAUGGCACAAUUAUCAAAACUGGCGGCGCUGUCUUCACCAAGGUCUUUCCCGCGGAUCAAACUAUUCAGUUGAAAGCCUGCGCUUCUAGCACGAAUGACCUUAGAUCUCCGUAUCUGAUAUUCGUGGAACCUUUGGAUGUUGGAGAAUAUCGACAAGUUUUGGACGGCACCAGCGAGACGGACUACAACGCGGGUCUGUCAGCUUCGCAGCGGUUGGCGGCACCUGCUAGAACGGCCAAUCCCAGCACCAUGCAUGGAAGCGAAGAUUUCUAUGCCCAUUAUCGCUCAGGCGGAACGGGCACGCAUAACUUUGGACUCAUCCAACCAAGCGCAAAUGUGAGCAGCACCUUAACCCCAACAGGAGAAACGCGACUCGGCAGUGUCUAUGACAGCGGCUCCAGCACCUACGUCGAUGUCGGCGUCGCUUUACAGUUCGUAGAGCGGUCAGCUUACUUUAUAGAUGAUGCUUCGGGCACUAGUGGAGCGAAUGCAGCCACGAAUGCACUCGUGUCGAUCUCAGAUGUGCAAUAUAGCUGUGGAACGAAGAACCACCUAUCUGAACGCACUGGUCUUGACGGCCUUGUGCUGACAGACGAUGCGUACUUUGUUCUCCCUAUAAAAACAGAACUCAAGAGCUUUCUACAAGCGGAGGCGCAGACUCGGAAGACAAAUUUGGCAGUGUAUGCGUUUUCCAAACUAGGAAGUGCCACGUCCGUUACUUCUUCAGGAUCAGGUUCAUCAGAAUCUGUCUACUCAGAAACGCAACUGCCCGUAGGUUUUAUCAAACCGGGCGACGAGACAGGAGGAGUCGAUACAACGCAGUCGCACUUCAUGGACUACGAUUUAGAUCCGCUCGAAGUUGGUGGCAACAUCUCCCUGACCAUCACAAAAGCACCGAGUUUCUCAGUCACUUAUGCUGUAUUCUUGGCAGAAUCGCAGGAAGCAGCGGCAUUGAGCUCUAUAGGGAAUGCAAGUGGUGCAAAUGCUUCGACAAGUGAUGCUUCUGCUGGAAUCAGCUAUGUUGCAGAAUUGACUCCCAACAUCACAGAGUUGCAAAGACAAACUGAAGUUUGUACAACCAAUUACACGAAUGACACGAGCUUGAACAACGGAAGUGGCGGCCUCGUUCCGGUAACCACGUGUGCGCAGUCAGGUGCUAAGCGGCAUUUAACGAUCGGAGUCCCGAAGGACACUACCAUCUUGACAGAAGGUAGCUACGAUCCUGGGAGCAGGUUGCAGAAUGCCAAAAUCCGUGCACUUUUGAGCGGGCAAGCAAAUUACACCGUGGCGGAUUAUCGCCCAGACUUGCCGCAUUCAAGGAGAGCAACGUAUUUGGAACAGCCUCAAGCCACUUCUACAGCUGCAGAUAGUCAAGUUUUGCCAGCGGAGUUGGCGGCAGUUCUGGAUCCAGCGUCUACGUUGAAUACGCCUGCGAAUGUGACUAGCGCAGCCACGGGGAUCCCGAAUGAAGAAACCGGUUCUCUCGUCUACAAAAAGUCGCAUUUGAUCAACAAGGUUGUGGGCAUUGACAUCCGCAUUUCCGGUAGUGCCACGAAAGAGACCUACGACGCUAGCACCGCAGUGGGACAAUACGACAGUGCCACGGGAGCUGCGAAGACCACAGACCCAGAGUACGUGACAAAAAACGCCCUAGACCUCCAAUGGUUUUCGGGAGAUCGCCAGACUUUUGCCUUUCAUGACUUGGAUUUGACGGCAAACGUGACCAACUUCGUAGAUCUGGACAUGGACAAACAACAAAUUGGAGGCGUAGUUCAGUACUACGUGCAAGUAGGGAACGUAGAGGUACCCUCCAGUUCUACGGGUGUGGGGAAUCGAACAGCCGCACUAACUAGUCUUCUCAACGAAUACGAGACCAAAACACAGUACCCAGUGGUAGAUCGCUUCAAUUUUUACCUCGCAACGCUAGUGCCGGGAAGGGAUGGAAACGCAACCUCAAACGCAACAAGUACUUCACCGUCAGCCUCAGCGUCAGCCUAUCCAGAUUGCUUCUACGACACGGGGACAAUAUGCGAACAAGCAUACUCGAAAGAAAGCAUCGUGUUGGGCGAAAUGGGCUACACGGUGUCGCAGCCACAACAUUGGGCUAUUGACCAAAUGCACGGGCCAGCUGGGAUCGCUCGACCUAUGGAGGCAUUAGAGAAAACGUUUCUGUUCUCUGUGUAUCCAACGACGACUCCUGCGUCAACCAGCUCUGCGACAACACUAGACGAGAGUCAUCUGGGUUUCAAAGAAGAGUUGAUAUCAAGCAAAACUGUGGUGCCUGUGAACAUGACCACAACUAGUGGUUCAACUUGGACUCCAGCUUCAAUGACGGCACAGGAAAAAGCCGAUUUCUAUUCUGGUUUUGACAAAACGGCCUAUCAGAAAUUUGUGCGACAGUCAUUUGAGAAAAACGUCCUGGAUGGAGAAGCGAGUAUUGCAGGAUAUGAUGGAGACGCUUCAUCGUCCAGGAAGACGAUAUAUUCGCAAUUUGUCCAGAAACACUUGAUUCCUAAGAGCACACCAAUUUCGUCAAAAAAAGACAACAAGGCAGCGCCGACUCAUGUCUUGCUAUUGGCGGAGAAUGUUUUGGGCGAGCAAAAUUUUCUUUACGCCAUCGAGGUACGAAAAUUCCACCGCUUGUUUUUCGACAAUCACGCUGUCAUUCGCGCAAAGUCAUUUGAGGAUCUCGAUCUAGAUCAGCGGGAAGUCGGCGGUCAACUACACUAUGAUGUGGAAGCUUUUUACCGCAAUGUCAGCUCCUUAACCUUUGAACAGGGCAUUGGCGGUGUAGACCAGCAUCUGAAGAAAGUGAAGGUCGACAUGAGUGUGUGGGCAACAAAAGCCGUGAACCAUAAGGAGAGAUACUUCUUGGAGAGUGAUGCGCUAGUGGCGGCGUCUUCUGGUGGAGCCUCAACUACGAACUUAUCCACCAAUACCAGCAACAUCACAGCUGCUGGCAAUACUACCACCACAACGACAGCUCCACCGGUUCCAGUUGCUUUCGAGUUUCCCGCAUUCGAUCCGAAAGACGCAGGCUUAUUGGGAAAGACAAAGGCGCUAUUUGAGGUGCCGCUGACAAGGAUCGAUAACUACACAGCGUGGCUGGCGAAUUCGGACAGCGCGUUUUUAUCGACGUAUACAAGCUUUUUAGAAGAACCCACAUCUACUACAGGAACAGCGUCAAAAAUCAUGGGAGCAGCAUCGGCAAUCGAUAGCUACAAUACCAGUCUUCUAAGUACCAGUCACACGGAACAAUUACGCGCACAUAGGCCACAUGAGCACAACUUAACACUGCCGUCUAAUGUGGAUAUUUUUGCUGGUUCGGCAGGUGAUGAAUCUUCUAACGCCUAUCUCUCAGCCAUCACCCGCUCUCCUCUAGAUCUGAACUAUGGGUAUUUCCAGUUUGGCGCUACGGUUUGUCUCGAUGACAGUCUAGAAACUAUAUCAGGAGUGUCGAAUAAUCAGAACAGCACCGCCAAUGCAGACUCACUUGCCUGUGAAGCCGAGUGGGAUCAGGAUGAGCCCUACUACAUGUCGCUGUCGGACAGGGAUGCAAGUCCGAUCUCAGCUAGAUUUGUCGAUCACGACCUGGACAAGACGCAGAUUGCCGGGUUUCUUACUUGGAACGUCAGUCUAGAUGCGAUUCGGUACACGCAGAAGUAUGAAGUCUGGAGAUACUAUGACGAAGGAAAUUUGGAGUUGGAGGAAAGCUCAACUACAAGUCCUUCAUCUAGGGACUUGUUAGGUGUGGUUUACGUCAAUUUGACUGACGUAUGGAACCACGAGAGAGAUGAAGUACGCGGAGAGGCGAUCACCCAGCCACUGCAGAGUCUCCAAUUGCUCCAGACAAUGCCAGGAUUGACUUACAAGCCAAUUGCCGAUGAGGAACUCGCAAAUGCCUUUUAUGGCACGUGGAACGGGAUAGAUUAUCCCGGACCUUUUUUUCCGAAUGUGAGUUGUUCAAACCUGGCAGGAGACGCAUUGAAAGUGGACCUUUUCGGCCGACAACACCACUCCUACGCGAAAUACGGACACAGUCAAGCUGAUGCAGCAGCCGCACUGGAUGCGAAGGUGUCGUUUCCGACGAUCCAAGCCUUGCAAGGGAACUGCUCAGGCACUUACGCAGUCCUGGAUCCAGGAUUCGCGAUUUACAACGCACCAGUGGGGACUCAAAUUCUAUCAGGUGGGAGUGAAUCUGCUACUUCUUCCUCGAGCAGUGGUUCCUCUGCGUCCUCGAGCAGUGGUAGUUUCAUUUCCAGCAUAGUCAGGAACAGCGAGAUCGCAGGCGGUCUGACUUCGUAUAAUCAGCACCUCUCAGUUGCUGCUGAGGGCGCGAUUGUGAGAGCAAGUAUCGCAAAAGAAAGUGCUUGGCUUGAAUGGGAGAUCACAGGCUGUGCCGCGACUGGAGGUUACAGUGUGCGCUUCCAGCACUACGUCGAAUCUACAGCGCCUUUCAAAGCCCAGUUACUGGUAAAUGGGUUUCUAGUAGAUGAUAAUGUAGAAUUUGCAGCUGGUGACUUGAACAACGGUGAUUCUAAAGGCUCUUACACUUUCGCUGGCUCUUCCUUCAUCACGAUUCCAGAGAGUGCAAUGAACUUGGACACAAAUCGCAUUCGGCUGCGCGCAAACCGCACAGAUUUUGCGAGUAGCUCUUUGUUGGUAUCUUCUCAUGCAUUGCACGUGACUGCGAUGGAAGUGAAGUUUGGGGAUGUAAGCACGGCCACAACUGCGUCAGGACAAGCAUCUCCUUCAAGUGAAGAUCCGUCCUUUUUCUUCCGCACCUAUUGCCCUGCGGGCCAAGUAGCUUACCCAGUCGUCGCUCUGGCCUUGAAAAUACCGGAGAACACCUAUUUUAGUGGUAACGAACGCUGGGAAAUAUCAGCUGGCAACUGGUUCCAAGAUCGGCAAACACGCAGUCCAGGACUGCUGCAUUCGGCAGAACAGGUUCCAUCUAGUGUGGUGAACGAAACCUUGUUUGAUCUACAGGCGAAAACAGUCUAUGAGGGAGAUUUCGUCUCAGGGAAGCCAAAGCCGCAGCAUCCGAGCUCGGCAAAUCAUGGAGGGACAGUGGAAUCUUGGAAUGCAGCUGUUACUUCAUCGUCUACAAGUGGCCAAAAUCACUUGUCGAGGUACUACCGAAAAACAACCGAGAGCACAGGCACGACGCAAGUAGAAAAGGGUAAAAAUCUUGCAAUAGCAGGUGGAAUCGCCUCUGAUUACGCUUCGUUAAUUUCCGGUUCGAGCUUUGUUUAUUCGCGUGGCACUGGGUCCAAACUAGACCCUACUGCAGGUGGAACGCUGUUGCGUGACAACUAUGUCCGUUUUACCGACUUCUUUUUCGUAGACACCGAUCCGGACUUCAACGAGGUUGGCGGUUUUCUCAAUUGGGGUCGCGCAACCGACAGCUUCUCCGAGAGCUUAGUUUCAGAAUUGCUCAUCUACACGUCCAACAGUACCACUGGCCGCAACGUUCGAACAAUUAGACAAGAUUGGGUAGACAAUGCAGGGAAUCAACUCAUCGCGCCAGUGAAACAAGCUCGAACCGAGGCUGCUGGGGAAGGAUGGAAUCGAGAUCCUGGAAGCAGGAGUCCUUUGGAAAAAACGCAUCCUCAAACUCUGUACUCCACAGUAGUGUUCGAGGACAAGCGGUUGCAUGAGUUCGCUUUGAUGUCGGGAUCCGAUAGCGGUGACAACACCUAUUGGCCAAGAGACUCAUUGGUGAAUUCGCAACACGAUGCGCACAACUACACUUUCUUCUACUCACCUCAGAGUUUGUCUCCGAACGCAAGGAAAGUGCUAUUGACAGACUUGCAAGGACUACCUCCUCUGCUUCAAGCUCCGGGAAGCUUGCCGCCAGGCUUGUUUACAGUCCCAACAGACGACGAACGCUAUAUGCUAGAAGGGUAUGCCGUGACAGUGCUUACGACCGUAGCAAAUUCCACAACUCCUACUAGGAGUGCCGCAAUCGAUGCGCGGAGUCGUGCAACAGCGGUGGAAGUCUCCGGGAGCUUGCCAGGAGAAAAAAUCUACCCACCGCCUCAAGGAAGCUGGCACGGCAGCGAUGGAAGUUACCAAAAUUUCAUCACAGGGGUGGCGGCGUUGUACCCUAAUUGGACAGCUAGUAAUCCUUUAGGACAGGCAUUUUACAGUUCUAGACCAGCAGCUGAAGAUUUUGGCAACACUUUGUCCUCUAGUCCCAUCAGCCAAGACUACCUCUACAAUGCUUUACAUGCUUACACAGCAGAAGAGCAGGCUUUCUCAGGCUUCAAGAGGUUAUUUCGGUAUGUAGAUCCUGCGACGGGUGCAGAGGGAAAUGGCACAGUGAUUUCGUUGGAUCGAACGGGCUAUAGUGGUGGGCACGUCAAUUUGUUGAUGGCUGCGAGGCCUACCAACACAACAGCGGCCUCUGAGCAGUCUGCAACCCUUUCUCACGCCACACCGUUUCCCUCCUUUCCGGUGAAGUUAUUCGUCCCUCAAGGGACCACUUUGGUCCGCGACCGUAUCGACCGCAGUAAUUUUCUGCAGCCAAUGUCAAGUGUGUACGAGUAUGAGGAACACGACUACAACAAUCCCAGUCUUAAGGAAUCUGGUACGGGUUCGACUGCCGCAAGUGGUGCGUAUAACGUUGGUAGCGAUCAUCUAGCAGCCGAAGUAAUUGACUCCACCAUCAGGAAAGGCGCGCACAUCCCAUUGUCCUCGUUUCAAUGUCCGAGUUUGGUCAAUUUCUAUGCUGGUCCCGGCAGUGUGUCGCGGAGAAACGAAAGGGUUAGCUACGGUGGAGCGAGUGUCGCGUAUGAAAGUGGGGGAAAAAGGGAGAACGCAAUUCCAACUGCCUUUACGCAGAACCAUUUCAAUUUCAUGGACAGUCGAGCACGCAACUUCUACAACCCGUUUCUCUCACUGAAGAGCAACGAAGAGGACUUCCUUGCAAGAGACAAGUUUUUCCUGAUCCAUGCGAAAUCGAAGUUUUUUCAUCAAACACAACCGGCACAGUUUUUGGCUCUGUCAGAGGUAUUGGCGCAUUUUUCGGACAGCGACGUACGCACGAAUCAAAUUGGAGGCACACUUAGGCACUCGCAACCUGUGGUGACAUAUCAAAAGUUGAUCGAAGAUGAGUAUCCACAGGCCGAUUACACUAUCGCCAAUCCCUCAGUCCAGAGUCCACAGCGUGCAUCCGGUGGUCCUCACUACAAAGUCAAUCAUGAUGCGACCCAGUCAGAAACUACCCUCUUCACCUUCAACCGGGAUGAGUGUGAGUCAACUGCCUUAACCAGACAGGAUGUGAAUUGCAGACUCCGCCAAGUUUUGAAUGCUGAGUUGCAAAGACGAGAGGGCUUGACAAACCGUGCGAACCCAUUGAUUCAAGGCUACGUGGUAUACUCUAUGGCAGCCAGUAACUUCGCAAAUGACCUCGGUGGCUGGAUGGCUGGAGCGGGUGAGGGCUUCCAAAAACGCGCUUCCACCGUCUCUGAAGAACAAGCAGAUCGCACUACUAGGUACGGCUCUGGCUUCGGCGACGUGCUCUUCCGACAUGAGCACAGCUACGUGCCAGCACAGGGUGUCGGGAGUUAUGCUGACUUGAUGGGGAGCAGUAGUGAAGAUCUGCAGACGCAAACGAUAGCGGCAACGCGUCUCAAAGCUCAAAAUUCAGGAUUCGGAGGACCAAGUGGUGCGCAGUUGGUAGAGUCAACGUCUGCGGUAGACGCACAGGCCAUUCUGCAGCCAGGCACUGCCGACUUGAUCAAUCGUACUGAGUUCAUCAAAGCAGGGAAGCACGCUGUGUCGAGCAGCGUUGCGAGCUAUAGCUACAUCGUCAACACCUCUCUCCCCAUGGAUGUGUCGGAAAAUGCGCCAGGGAAGUUCAUAACCGCAUAUUUGUUGGAACCAGUAACGGCUGUGGGCGUGGCCUCUUCUAGCACCACUCCUGCCUCUGGAAAUAAUAGAAAUAGUGCAGCAUCUUCUUCAAGUACAACUAGUUCAAGCUCAACGAGGUCCUCAGAUCAACAUGGACCCAACGGCCUCCUUACCAACGACUAUCUCUCGAGUGUACCCGAUCCAACUAGUGGCGUAGAGGACCUGUUUUGGGAAUCUGAGGCCUUACGUUUUACGACUGCAGUAGAGAUAGAACCUGGAACUCCAUUUGCAGGAAACGAUACGCUUGUCGUGUUUCCGAUUCGGGAGCGUUCUACUGAGGAAGUGGCGGAACUGCGGUUGUUGAACAAGGAUUUGGAUGCGCUUAUUGUGCGGUAUCAGAAUAUCUCGUCUACUUCGAGCAGUGGUACUACUAGUACUGGCGUGUCCCUUCCAACAGCUGCGUCAUCCUGGCUCACCAACAACGAUGGAACCCAAGCCUUCACGCGGCAUGAAAAGCAGAUGCUCAUGGAAGCUUUCUAUGCCAAGCAAAUGGGUUUCGCUGUGAGGGUACCGGAUUUUGAUGGGGCUGUCGCCAGCGAUUUAGAAUUGAGUAUGCAUUUUGAAGACAUGGAUCUGGAUCUAAGCGAAAUAGCUGGUUUGGUGAAGGUUCCGAAGCCAACAGCGUCAGCCGGUGUGGGUCUAUACCUCGCGCAAAAGUCUGACGGCGUUGCCAGCGAUGCUAGUGCAGAUUUGAAGCAGAUCGCUGUGAAUGCGGGCGCUACGAGUCAGGACUUGCAGUCCAGUUUGAACUUUGCGAUUCCAGAAGACACGUCGAUUUCACUGUCCGGGAAUUUCUCUUUCCUAGUAACUUAUGCCUUGAGCUCGCUCUCUGCUGCACCAAGCGGCACUCCUUGGCGCAGCAUCUUCAUCAACGAUCGUCAUGUCGCAUUGGAGGACGUCAGUUUCGCUGAUACAGACCUAAAUCCCGGCUACAUGGAUGGCUUAGUGCAGUUUCGACUCUUGAAAUCCAAUAUGACCGAUUUCAUAGAGGGUCUGACAAAUACAGGUGGACAAGGCAGUGCAUCUUCGUAUAGAAAACCAGGAAGCACGGAGCAACCGGGCGUCUACUUCAUCCAAAAAGCGGCAGGGAACAACGUACCAGGAUUGUCCCCUACGUCGAGUCUAGCGUCUCCCUUCGCGGUAGAAGCAGUGCCAUUCGCAAGUGAAGCCACGAGCAGGCAACCGGUGGAGUCACUCGCAGCCUACUUUCCUGGCCGUACAUCCACGGCUGGCACGACCAGCGCUUUGGACCUAGCACAGCCAAUCACGCGCUACUUCGCACCUGAUGGCGAGAUGCGUUCUUCUGCCAGCCUGCAUAAUCUAGACGGUUUGUUGUAUACUAAGAACUAUCUCCCGCGACACUCAGAUGUUUUGUUCGUGGACAAGAUACUGCUGCAAGGAGCGGCCGAUUCUAGUGGUACCAGCACGCGCAACCUAGCAAUGGUUGAUUCUGGAAGGACGCAGUUGGACUUAGCGACUGUGAGGGAUUUGCGAACAGGCUUGGAUCAGACGGUCGAAGAAUUGCCUGUUCUAGCCAGCUACAAUCCAUAUGGGCACUCGUUGAAUGGGAUUUUGGAUAGCAGUAAAGCAGUUUCUGGCAAUAGCAACAAUGCAGGUUCUGCCACCUCAGCAGCAGCCACGAACACACCCUUUCUCUCGAAUCUGCUGAUAUCUGCCCUCACGGCGAAGCCAGGCGCCGACAACACCCAACAAGACCCGAGUAAGGAUUUCUACCGUACUAAGGUGCGCAUUUUGGAGAUCAAUGAUGUGGAUUACUCGAUCCAAAACCUUCAAUUUCUAGAUGAGGACUAUCAGACCGGAUAUAUCAAGGGCAAGCUAACGUGGGAUCUUCUACGACUCGGAGGAGCGUUCGAGGACUCACUAUCUAGUUCGUCUUCUAGCUCUGACAGUACCCAAGAAGAAGAAGACUCACAUCUCAGAUACGACGUAUUCUUGGGUGAUUUCAAUGCCAACAGCGUACAGCGGUACAUUGGGUCAGCGUAUAACGGGACAACGGAAUUCGAGUUCGAGUACCAUACGUAUUUGACUGCGCCAAAAGCAACAGUGGUAACAGUGAAAAUCGCCAGUAACACAAUCAAUGCAGCUAGAAAAACGUCUAAAACCUCAACAACAGCAGGAGUCUCAGCUUCUUCAUCGCAGAGCAAGGUGUUUCGUGGUCGCGGUGCAAGUUCCUUCGCGAGUCAGCGUACACAUGGUCUGUCGGUUUCAAUCUUUGAUGCUACAAGCUCUGUCACAAAUCUAGUUUUCAACGAUUUGAAUCCAAACUACGGAUACAUCUCGGGUCUUCUCCAGUGGAGCAACCCUCUGUUGCGUGCAGACGCCAUCCCCCAUGUCAAAGUACAGAUUUAUCAAGCGGAGGACCCUUUUGGGGAAGUAAGAUCCAAUCUAGUCGCUGAGCUCGACUACACCAGCGCGGCUGAAGGAAGCUACUACGUCGGUUUGGACUCAUUGAGUGUGCAACAAGUUCUGCGCAACGUCAGUACAGCGGAUGCGGCAUUGGCCGCAGGAGCUUCAACAUCUGCUCAGUCAGUACAACCUGGGACAUGCUCUACCUCCGCAUGUAUUAAGGAAUUCUCACUAUCUCAAGCUUCUUUUCAAGGGUACAACUUUUCUGCGAGCUAUGAUACACAAACAGGGACACGGCUGGCAGGACGGAUUCCACGGUACUCGAAUAUAGCUUUGAACCCGGAUGUUGCUUGGAGCAGACGACACGCUCUGCACAAGAGCACACACGCAAUCGUAGAGGACAUCGACUCCCAGGGCAUGCUUGACACAGGCAGCAAGCGGGAUGGGUUAGCACCUACACUCUUCGAUCCAAGAGUUUCUUUAUUGCAUCAAAAGUACUUCUUAGUGAGGGUCAAGGAUGGAAGAAACCCUCCUACAGGAACCGCAAGUAGUUCUUCCGCAACAUACACAGUGACUCCGUUCCGAACUGAUGGGUUCAGCAGUCUAGAGGUUGGUGAUGUGGUGAAGAAUUUGGUGCCCGAUUUGGCUUUCGACGAUUUCGAUUUGCGCAAAGGGUGGAUUGCAGGUGACGUUAGGUUUACUUUCCAGAGUCUUCAUCCUGGGGCGUUUGACCCAGAGGACUUCCUGUAUUUGCAUUUGAGCGAGUCAGCGAGUCUCCACUAUUUAGAUCCAUUAUUGGAACCGGAACAGACUGCGGGGGGGUACUUAGGCAGCGACCAAUUAGUGAAUGAAGGCCUUUUGUCGACGUUUGGCGAGGAAGACGCACAGAGGGAUCAGCAUUACGCGAUACCGAAGGACCGAGACGCAAUAGAAAAUUACGAUCUUCUCACAGAACAAAGCGUGCACAACUACGAACUAUUGACAAACACCAACGACGGAAAGGGACCUAGAAUUAGUGCAACCAGCCAAAACACAGUGCUGAACACUGACGCUCUGCCAGCUGCGUUUGAAGGGCAUCGUCAUGGGUAUAAAAAACCGAGACUGAUGUCCCUCUCAGACCUCAUUGGCGAAGUGCGUAAAGCUCCGGUUCAGAUUUCCCCACUGAAAAUACCAUCCUGGGCUAAGUAUCUCAUUGUGUCGCACAAUAGACAGCGACGCGCUUGGUCCGCGAUCCCAUUGAUUGAUGUGCAUUUGGAACUAGACAGCGAGAAAUUGAAUACGGAAUUGUGGGCAUUGGCGUCUCACGAAGCGGCGACGGAGAAAAAAUUAGCAGAUCUAGAAAAUGCUGGGUUGCCAGGGAUCCGAGACGCUUAUUUCCGACACGUGACGCAAAAGUCGAUCCAGAGUCACGCUUUGGCGGGAAAGCUGUUUUUCCCUUCAAGUAGUUUUACAGAAGCAACGCGGGCACGAGUCACGGGUGCAGGUUCAGCAGAUGUGCAGGCGAAAUAUCCAAUGGUCGAGGGUGAACAAGGCAGUGGUGCUGCUCGUACAGCUGCAGGAGCUCCUCUAAGCUCUUCGCUAGCGCGGCCAACGGUGAAGCACGGAGACAAGUGGGGUAUGAAGACUUCGACGGAGGCUCAAGCAGAACAGGAAAAAAUUGGAGUUUAUUCUUAAGGCAUCGUCUAUCACUCACAGGGAUCGAUCUAAGAACUCUUCCUUCCAUUCACCUCCAAUUUCAAAUAACUUUAUAACGUACUAGAAUAUAAUGGUUCAAUCGGUAAAGCUAAAGCUCCAUUUCUAAUGGACCCCGAAUCUCCUCAGUUUCGAUAGGGCGCGCGAGUUACGAGAACAGCAUGCUUUCAGUUUCCUCUCCCUGAAGGACCGCGAUUGCAACGCUGGCGCUUUGGAUCUCGUAGUCACAAUGCAAAACUUCGAAUUUCUAUCGGAAAAGCUUGAGAGAUUAUACUUUGUUGUGGAGGAGCCUGAAAUUUCCCGACUAGAGAGGGAUAAGAUACUCUCAAGAACGAGGUCAAAAAGUACGACUUCAAGCGAGCAAAGUUCUAGCACUACAGGAUCUACAUCCAGUUCGUCUGAACAACAACACCAACAAGGAUCAACAGAACUAGCACUCUCUUGUCGUGCUUCCAGCGCGCGGGCCUGUGGUGAUGCAGUGCGUUCAAGGUAUCAGGAAACGACAGAUGCCCACGGAAAACGCGUGAUUCGGUCCAAUGGGAUCCCGUUGCACCUCUAUGGCCAGAACGCCAACGCGCACAACGCUAUCUGUGAGCAACCCAGGGAAUUCAAAUUUCCGAUGAAACCUGAGAGGUUCGCAGGCCGUUUUGAGAAAGCCUCUGGCGGUGCCAUUGGCGUCUUGCGGACAGGAGCGUACCUGUACAAUCCAUUUGCUGACGAGAAAGCGAGCCGUGUAGCGCUUCAUCCUACUAAUGAGCUCUCUAUGAUGGAUGGCUGUGCAGGGCACGCAGACGAGCACUGUGUGUAUCAUCAUCACUACGUGUUUCCGACAAGCGUGAGGCGAGAAUGUAGCUUUGAUUGUGGGAAAACAGUUAGUACAGCGACCGCCAGUGCAUCAUCAGAAAGAAGAAAACUGACCACUGAUUCUUCAGCCUCGUCAGGUGAGACUAAGAAAACAACUAAGAAAACCAGCUGUACCCAGGUGGGAUGGAUGCUCGAUGGCUUUCCGUUGUACAGCGGGUGCGGUCAAGCCUUUAGAUCGUGCUAUUUCCUAAGGUCAGCGUUCAGUAAUUUCGACUUCAAUGCGCAUGAUAACAUUCAUGGCAAUAUGCGCGACACAAUCCUGAACUCCGACUUGAGUGCAGGUGCUAAGCUCGACGCGAGUGGUCUUCACGCCUACGUGAACAAUAGUAACCUGCUUUCCCCAGAUGCUAGCAUGACAAAUGGCACAGGAGCGACAGGAGUAGACGAGGACUCUAUAAGAGGAAACGCCGCUAGUGACUACGUUUAUCGUGGACGUAUCACGUUUCCUUAUACGGGUGGACAAACGGCUGAAGCGGUUCUGAUGCGGGCUCCGGACAACACUGUGUUGAGCUCCGACAACACUAAAAUCAACGUUAUGCCUUGUGAGCUGGAUGAGGCCAAUGGCUUUGAUUUCACCAAUCUGAACUACACCGACGCUAAUGGCCGCGAAAUAACAGGAUACGGCUAUUUACUGACGGAGGAGUAUCCGUUUGUCCCUCCCUACUUCGCGGGAGAGCCUCAAACACAGUUUCUGGCGCAUUUACCGCAUUCACGAUCGAUUCCAGCGAAUCUACCUCAGGGAUGUCACAGCAACGCUGCGACGGCUAAUCCAUUCCGCGACACCGGCGGUUAUCACGUUAGCGAUUCGCAAAUGACAGUGGAGACGGAAACAGUCACUGUCGAAAGGAGAAGCUACUCGGAGUCAGGAGUGGGUGGAGCAGGAAAGCCUGAAGAUCGAGAGGGUACAGCAAAGUCGUCCCCCAAUGCAUUCGACGAGACCACACGAAAGCGUAAGCAAAUCUUGGUAAAAAAACUGAAGCGGAGAGAUUUGAAGGUCGUGGAGAAAAAUUCACUUUUUUUCACAGCUGAAGUAGAACUUUCUUUGCCCAAUUGGUCGCCAGAGUAUGCAGAUUUGGUAUUGUACGCGACAAAUCAGCGCAUGUUAGCUGGUGGUGGGAAACUAGCUUUGUCGCGCAAGAGAAUACGCGAGUGUGAUGCGUCGUUUACUUUGCAGAAGCUAGAUUUCGUGGACAUGGAUCCUGAUCUCCAUGAGGUGGGCGGAAUGUUAAAGUUCCAGUAUCCGGAUCCCGACAGUGGAGCGCUGAAGGGAUGGCUCAAGACCUAUGCAGACUUACUUCGGGCUGAAGACGCAGCAAGAGAUCGAGAAAACGGGCUAACGACGAAUUCGAAAAAGACGAGUGCCUCGACACCAUCGUCGCUUUCUUAAGACUGGAGUUCUAAAUUUGAUCCGUUUGUUCUAGUAAAAUAUUCCUAAUUAUGCAUGUCUUUCUAUUUGUCGACCAGAGAGUAAGCGUACGUAGGUGUCUUCUCGAGAGGGAGACUCAUUGCCCAAACCGAAAAAUGGAUAGAGACAAUGACAGCCUCCCUUCACCUUCUAAUUUCCCUUACCUCUCUUCGCCGCACAGCAGAGCAGUAAGCCGAUCACGAAUCCACAGAGUUUCUUUGGGCCUGGGUCGCCACAGGCGGGUGAAUACGAACUAGCACUAGGGGGUCGAGCUGGUCCCCAUCAGCAGGAUUUUCAGGACUACAGGAGUAGCGCGCAGACGGUAGGUCUGGACUCGCUGUUGCAGAGGACUACGGAGAGUGGGAAUGUGGCAGUUAAGGCUGGCAGAAGUAAAUGUUCAGUUUGAGCUCUGACUUUCAGGUAGAUGUAGAAUGGAUGCUUUUUUCAGUCUUUAAAAAAUUCGUCUUUAACUAUUUCUUGACCAUAAUAUGGUCGAUCCAGCCACACGAAGAGGACCCCAAAUCUAAUCCCAACCGAACCGCGCGAACGUUGACGAAGCAGUAUGAGGCAGAAGGCGCCACUUGGUCGUCUGUGGCCAAAGCAUUGAAGAUCCGAGUCCUGUUCAGUAAGGUAGAAAACGAAGAGCACGGCAGUAGAGAGCACUUGUUGAAGAUUCAGGUACAGCGUACACGUCCUACGCGAACACAAAACGCGGGUUACAAGGUUGAAACAAGUCAGGAAUUGGAACCCAUUCCUAGAUUUAACACUAGUGACGAAAAUGAAUUCCUAACCUCUGCGGAACAACAGACAGCACUUGGAACACUGAUAAAACCGAUCGCACAUGACGAGAGUGUUUUCGACACACAGGAGUAUCCUAUGGUUGAAAAACUGAAGAUAGAGAGGACGACGAUAGAGCCAGGAACUACAUCUUCAACUUCUGACAACGAGAACGAUGGUGCUCAGAAUGCCUUAGACGCCCACGGCCAGCUCGUCGCAGCCAGUGUGACGCAGAACAACGUGGUAAACUCUUUCGCUGACGCUGUGGUUCUCGAAUACCCGUUUGAAGGACUUCCUGUUGACACUGGCGCUUUUGUGAGCAUCAAUAUCCCACCCAAUACCCCUGUGGUCUAUGGUGGGCGAUCAUUGUUAGUCCAAGUAGUUCAUGCCCCACGGAAUCUGUUACUCUCGGAGCAAAUGGUUCCCGUUCGCGACUACUACGACAAAGCAAGGAACAUCAAACUGAAUGUGCACACUGCAACGCUCACGUGGUCACCUAGUAGGGAAGAAGUUGUGUCAUCCUCUACUUCGAAGUGGAACGUGUACUACACGAAUUGUCUAUUUCAGAGACCAUUCGUGCAAUUCGCUAGGGGCUUAACAACGACUUCCGUCUCUCUCCGAAAGUUGCCACCAGAAGCGACCCGGUUGCUCGUUUUAGCAGAAUCAGAUCCAGGUAGCAGCAAUAGUCCUCGAUCGAAAGCUGUAGAGCAGUCACGGUAUGGCAUGGCGGAUUUUGUGGACCUAUUGGAUCCAUCGCGAGUGAGCUUCGUGACUCCGGAAUUUCUCAUAGAACCCUCAGGGAAUGCAUCCAAUUUUCUGCGCGAGGAGGUGGUGUCUUCAAGUGAGACUGCACAGAUUGCAGGUACUUGCUGUUACUUGCUCAACAGUUACUUAUGAUGGUCCUAGCAAUGCAAACGGAAACGAUUCCAUGCUAGUACAAGAACUAGCCACAUUGUAUAAGAAUACUUUGAGGAGAUAGUCAGUACUAGUGAAGGAUAUAUUUAAUUUUCCAACAUCCCCACCCAUUCUAGCAUCCUGUCGAGCGCCUGACGUGAGCAACGUGAUUCCGCAUGUGGUUGUAGAUACAUUUGAGAGUGGGACGUUUCGAGUGCAGUGGCCACGAGCGAUUCAAAGCGGAAAUUGUGGUGGUCCGAGUGGUUUUCGACUCUACUUGGCAAAGACUGUCGGCGCCUCUGGGGCUGACUUCGAAGAGGUCUGGCCUUCGUCGCAGCACAGUGACAUCCAUGCAGGGAGUUUGCAAAAGUUAAGGCAGAUGUAGAAACAUAACUGUGACUCGGUCAUUACAAUAUAAAAUCGAAGCCUGUCUUUGUACGGUUCCUUUGUAGUGAUUUUGCUCAUGCAUGCUCAUUCUAAGUAUUCCCAGUUUGUUGGCCGCACUAGUUGUACCAACAGCAAACGUAAGAUAGCUCUAGUACCUCUAAUCUCCACAAGUAGCAAGACCAGCAUCGUCCCAGACUGCGCUUUGCGAGGACCUGCAUCAAGAAGUGUUGAGUUCAAGGCGUCGUCCGGGGCAAACACGAAUAUGUUUACCCAUCUACUUGGAAAAACGUUCAACGCCAAGAUUCGAAGCUAUAGUUUUAAAGCGGCCUUUGAUGGGCAGUCAGCGUUUACCCGUGACUCGGAAACCCGUGCCUUGCGCUUUGCGACGCUGCCAGCGAGAAUAGAAUUAUGACAAAUGUGUACGUGAUUGGAAACCGCAAACCAUGGUUUGUAUUUUUUAAAGAAGUAGGUACAGCGCCUUCUACAUUUUCGUAGACUAUCGUAGCGCCUUCUAGAUUACCCAUUUCAAAAUCGGAAUUUUUGUUCUAAUCUUUGGCGUGACUGUCGAAGGACAAACAGUUUCGUGGAUGUCGCUGGCGAGCUGGGGUGGCGGGUCACCAGGUGGAUUCCGCCUUUUUCGCGAUGAUGGUCGAAACUCAACGAGUGCAUUGACGGUACUAGUUGCAUUCAUGAUUGGUUACUAAAUGUAGAUAUUAAUUAGCGAGUAUCAAGAUGAUGAUGAUGAUGAUGAUGAUUUCGACUGACAUCAUGAUCUGGAACGGAUUCUACAUUUAGUCCAUCCUCUUUCUUACCAUCUUCAGAGGACAGAAGUUAUGAUUAUAAAUUUUCAUUUGCUCCUCUGAAAACCUACUACUUGUUGUUCUUCAGCAGGUAAGCAGUAUAUCCGCGUCUGCUGCGAGUGAUUGUGGAUCUACGGCGGUCAAUUGCACUCUCACGUCUUUGACGUCGGGGCUCGUGUACAGAGUGCGUGUAGCGGCUUAUUCCGACGUCGGACAAGGACCCUACAGUGGCAUUUUUGAUGUGAGCGGAGAUUCGUAGGAGGUUAUAUCGUGAUAGAUGAAAAUAGAAAUACGUAAUGACCCUGAAAAAAUUGCCCCUAAAAGGUGUCUUUCAUGCUGCACCCCAGCCGCUUCGCAGAUUCUGAUAAUCUUGUUAACUCUGAUAUGAUAUUGUUAACUCUUCAUGUAGUUAUAAAUUCUUUCCGUAUAGUAAUUAUCUUCAGUCAGGUUUUUUUACCAAAUUUUCUGAUGAGUCCUUCAUCUGUAAUGUCAAUGUAUAGUCACUGAUAUAGAAACGUGUACUUUUAGUCUUGGUCCAGAACAAACUGAAGUAUGAUGCCAGUAUAACUAGUCUUAGGCAAGCUGAAUUGUGUGACUCGCUCGAGCGACGUUCCUUAUCUAUUCGGAAUCAGAAUUGAAAUUAAAAAUUAUUGUGAUAUGGUAGACUUACCUCACGCUUUACACGUUAGUUUUUUGUGAUGUGGUGCGUGUGGGGGAGUUAUCUACGCAUGACCAUGACUUCGUGAUGAUAUUUAGUUUGAUGCAGCGUGGCCAAGAGUGGUAGUUGUGCCAUUAAUUGGAAUUAUUUUGUGAUAGACUUGGAUUUCAAGAACUAGAAUAUUCUAGCCUUUCUUCCACAAGCAUGAACAGCGUCAGUAUUUAGCAAAGCGUAAGAUUGAUCAACAUCAGAUUGAAGAUGAAGAGAGAAGAUGUACGGCCAGAAAAGAGCAGCCAACACCAAGUACUUCCUCAUCUCAGAUAAUCUGUAAUAUUACAACUUGUUGCACAAGAUAUUACUCGUUGGAAUAUGCAAGACAAGGCGUGUAGUGGCACAGCACUUAGUGCAACUAUGCAGUGCGCAAGAGCAGUAGCAAGAGGCGUCUGUGAAUCGGUUCCGUGCGUGCCAUUUUUAAGCGCGUGUGUUAAGAGUCACUG